AUGUCAAUACGAAGCCUAGUUCGGUUCCAACUUGUUGGCAGUGCCGACAGCCGGGUCAUAUGCCCCACGGGACAGUCAGUAGGUCCUUAUUUCAAUGGUUGGAGUCCCAAAUUACGGGUACAUGAAUUGGUAGGUCAGUUAAACUUAGCGAAAGUAGAAAUUGCAAAUAAACUUUCAACUGCUUUGUUGGACACUGGGUCAAUGAUAUCAACUGUUGAUAGUCACUAUUAUUAUUCAUUUCUCUCAUCAUUUCCUUUAUACCCUUUAGAUGACUUAUUAGAGGUACGUUUAGCAGGUGGUCAUAGAUUAUGUUAUACUGGAUAUAUUGAGGUUCCGUUUCAUAUUCCAUUUUCUAAUUUUUAUAUUUCAGCAUUAUUUCUUGUUGUCCCUUCUUCUACAGUAAGCACAAAUGUACAUUUUAUUAUUGGAACUAAUAUUCUUGAUAGAAUUCCAGAUGAAGAUGUUAAAGCCCUUAACUCAGCUUGGAGAGCAGCUGUUUCUGUUUUUGGUAGGCAAAAGAAUGGUACUGAUAAAAUUUAUCCACUUCGUACUUUUAGAAGUGUGAAGAUAGCCCCUAAUUCAUCUACAUGUAUCUCAUGUUCGGUAAAUGUUCCAAGUCCUUUUCCUGGUCGUUAUUAUUUUGUUUCUGAUGAUAUUUCUACCCCAAGUUCCCUUCAGGUGCUACCAGGAAUUUUUGAAAAUGGUUCGUCAACUCAGUCAACUAAACGUUUUAAAGUUAAAGUCCAGAAUACGUCAAAUAAAUAUGUUACUAUUCCAGAGUUUAAUCUUGAUGAUCUUUCAAAUAGGUUUUCAAAAGCUGAACAGGAUCAACUUCGUGAAUUACUUUGUAAGUAUAAAGAUAUAUUUGCUAAAACUGACCUUGAAUUAGGGAAAACGGAUCUAAUUCAGCAUGAAAUUCAUUUAUCUGAUGAGUCAACAUUCAAAGAGAGACAUCGCAGGAUACCACCAUCUAUGUACCAAGAGAGUUUAUAA